AUGGUCUACUGCUCAGUCGCCUGCUGCAAUAAUGGGAAUCACAAUCGAAAUGAUCUGUCAUAUUUUAUUUUUCCUUCGGACAAGAGGCUUGGAAGUUGGAUAAAAUUCUGCCGCCGAGCGGACAAAAAGUUUUCAGUGGAGUCAGCGAAGGCAAAGGCAGGAAAGAGCAACAAUUUGCGGAUUUGCAGCGCUCAUUUUGACCCCAAAGCCUAUAGAAAAACUUUGAACGGUAGGAGAAAAACAUACAACACUGCUCUGCCAACUAUAUUUCGACCAAACGAUGAAUGCACACCGAGAAGUGUUCGUUACGAAACAGCACGGAAGAGAAGACGGCUGGAGUUUAGCGACUGCAAAACAAACACUCUCUUGCCAAGCCAGGUUUCGCUUGCUGAUGCAGAUGGAGAAAUUACUACAGAUCUGGUGGAUGUUCGAUCGUCUAAUGCUGAUUUCUGCGAUGUUCAGCAUGACCAUUCGUACUGCCUUUCAGCAGAAGAUGAUCGAUCUUCGACAGUGUUGUUACAAGAUACCGAACCUGAGAUGGUAAGGUCAGUGGGUUGUCAAACUGACAUGACUUUGUUCGAUUUAGAACAACUGGAAAAUGAAGUUAAAAACCUCAAAAAUAGACUUAACGAUAAAGCUAAACUAAAACGUGACUUGUUCAUGGAGGAUGUCCUUGAAAAUGAUGAUUCAGUGAAGUUUUACACUGGAAUUCCCACACUGGGAUGUUUCAAUUUGAUUUCAGAAUUGAUAAAGCCAGAAGCUGAAAAGCUCAAAUACUGGGACAAAAACAAGAAUAAACAAAUGAAAUACCAGACAACAUCCAACAGCAAACCUGGACCUAAAAGAAGUCUAACACUGACUGAAGAAUUGGUUUUAACUCUUGUGAGGCUUAGACUUGGAUUGAUGGGAAGACAACUGGCUGACACAUUUUCUGUUUCACAGUCACAGUUAAGCAGGGUAUUCACAACAUGGGUUUGCUUUCUUGCAUCCAUAUUUCAAGAGGUACUAGUACUCUGGCCAAGUAAAGACGAAAUUAAACGAAACCUCCCUCGCUCAUUCAACAAGUACCCCAAUACACGAAUAAUAAUUGAUUGCACAGAAAUGUUUAUAGAAAAACCCACUUCUCCUUAUGCACAAAAGAGCAACUUGGAGUGAAUAUAAGGGGCACAAUACCAUAAAGGCUCUUGUUGGAAUUACCCCUCUGGCUAUUUUAGCUUUCUCUCAAAUUUUGGACUGGAAGUACCAGUGACAGGAAAAUCACCCAGGAAAGUGGACUGGUAGACAUGCUAGAGGAGGGCGAUUCAGUGAUGGCUGA